AUGGCAAGAAACGACAUGAAAGUUGACAAGUCCUUCAAAAGGCAGACAUUUGUUGAGGUAGCUAACAUUGUCAAUGGAAGAUUUCCUACUACCUCUAUGGAUGCAUAUAAUGUUAAGAACCACAUACGCACCUUGAAGCAAAAAUACCAAGAAAUCAAGAAACUUAUGAACCUUAGUGGUGUUAGUUGGAAUGACACAGAGAAAAUGCUAGUUCUUGAAGAUGAAACAUAUCAAACUUAUGGACAACCAAAAGCUAAAGAAUAUCUAAAUAAACCUAUACCUUUCUUUGAGGAGCUUCAAUUGGUUGAUGGGGAUGAUCAUACCACAGGUGAUCAAGCACAUUCCAUCUACCAACAUUUUGGUGGUACAAACGAAGAAGAUGAAAAUCCACCUACUCCUGAUGUACCAAUGGAACAUGAACCUUUAGAGACAAAUCUUGGUGAGUUGGCGGCAUCAAUUAAAGAGAACAAGAAGAAGACAUGGAAAGAGAAAUUAUUAGAUGCUUUGUGGAGCAUGGAAGCUUACAGUGAUGCAGACAUGGAUGUGGUUUUUGAAAAAUUUCAUGUCAACAAAGAUCUUGCUGAGGCCUUUUACUUGAGGAAGCCAUCCUUACGCAAGUUGUGGCUUGAUAAUUUUAUUGCCUCCAUGAGAGAUUCUAGGAUAUAA